GCCGACGGGCAGUCACUCCGGUCGACGAGAAACAAAUCUCAAAUGGGUUGUGUACUCGGAAAUCCUUUUCCAAGAAGGAUUUGAAUUCGGAAUUCCGUUUGCCGGUAGGUUUUGUCCUUUCCGCAUCCCAACUCUUCUAUAUAAAGCUCUAUUUCCGCUCUCUGUCUCCCCAUUUCGCUCAAAGUUUCCGCAAAGUUCUCCGUUUUUUUCUCUGGUUUCGCGAAAUGCUGGUGAAGAGCGUCGGCGGCAGCCGCGAAAUCGGUGGCCGUCGAUCAGGAAGCGGAAGUGGACCCUUCGACGGUCUGCAGUUGUUGGCGGAGGCUGCGGUGGCCGUCAGCCGUUGCGAGGAACUUCACGGCGGGUGCUGCGGCCACUCCGAUCCCGCUUCUUGUUUCUUCGCCACCAAGAAACGUAAGCUCUCUUUUCCCCAGACCCACGAAUCCCUUCUCGUUCAAAACCCUACAAAGAAAUCGCCGUCGAUUAAGCUUGUCAUCAAGCGCAAACAGCCCGCCGUCGCCGAAGCCUCUGCUUUUCCUCCUCCGUUAAACGUAGCCCCCAUUUCGUUCGUACUUCCACCUCCGGCAGCCCUAAUUCCUCCUCCUCGCGCCUCCGUUUCCGGCGGUUCUCCUCCUUCCAAAGCAAAGAUCGCAUCUUUGGUGCCUAAUUCGCCGCGAGAGGAGUUCCCCUCGAGUUUCAGGGCUAGGGUUUCGUCAGCGGUGGGAGAUGGUUCAGUUGCCUUGGGGAGCAAGUUUACUCUGGUGAUUCAGAAGAUACUGACGACCACGGACCUACAAGCCCAACAGUGCCGCCUGUUGAUCCCCGCGAAGUCGAUGGCAAACGAGUUCCUAACGAGCCAAGAAGAUGCAGGAUUGGUGAGCGGAGCGAGGAUCAAAUUGGGGGUUUUCUUGGACCCAGAUUUCGAAAUCGUUCCUGAAGCUUAUCUGUCGAAAUGGUACAUGGGCACAAGCAAGGUCUACGCUGUGACCGGGGCCUGGAGAUCGUUGCUGAGGAAGAUAGAGCAGAAACGGUUGCGACUUGUGAAAGGGGAUGAGAUUGAGCUGUGGAGCUUCAAGAAUGUGACAGGGGAGCACUGUUUCGUGGUGGUUAUGGCCGAUUCGAGAAGGAGAGCAGCAGCUGCUGAGAAGGAAGCUGUGGGUAAGAUUGAAAAGGUUGAAAUCUCCGGCAGCCACAGCAGUGGAGGAAUGGCUGAGUAUGAAAGUCCAAUGAAGGGAAACAGCAGCAGUGGUGGUGGUAGUAGUAGCAGUGCUGUGACUCAUGAAGGAAACCAUGUUCAGUUAAUUGUUGGGUUUAGCAGCAGCAGCAACUCCUGCCCUGAUCUUGAUUUAAGACUUAGAUUGUAGCUCUGAUUGAGUUAUUUUGAUUAGUAGCUUCGGAAGAGUGCUAAUUGUAUAUAUAUUGAGCAUCUAAUGACGAAAGUAGGAAUGACAUUUUGGUUGUUUAUCAAAGAAGCUUUUGUUCGGUUCUAUGUUGUGUGAACUAGUAGAAGUGCUGCUUGAAUUUUGGUCAGUUGGAAGUUGGAACUUCAGCAGAAACAGUUAUGGUUUGCAGCUAGGCUGUUAAAACAGUUGUGUAACUUCUUCUGCAGUGAUACUAAGUAACUGAGGAGUAGGGAUGAGUUUUCCAUUUUUUGUCUAGUGAAAUUAAAUGUUUGUCAAUCCAUUUGCACAGCAUUUAGUUGUUCAUACGGAUUAAUAAUCCGCGAAAGUAUCAGACUGUAUUGCAUUAGAAUGUUACGCAGGUUAUUAAUCCGCGAAAGUAUCAUACUGCAAUCGUCACUGUAAAAGCGCCGCAUCAAGUUACUACUGUUAGGUGUACUGCUGCAACAGAUUACUGUAAAGCUCUGGAGGGCAUCUAUGGCCAUAUCAAGCUUAUCAAACGAACUGCUUAACUCCAAAAGAAGGACUAUGAGACCAUUUUAUUUUUAGUAAUUGCCGACAUGGAUGACUGGAUACUGUAAUGAAACAGAUUUUGUGCUGGUAUCUCAAAACAGUAUUAAGAUGGAUUAGAUCAGCCAUGGCAUCACUUUCACCAGCAUGAAUCCAACUUCUUCUAAAGCAGCAAUGAUGAAUGGAAUUAGGAGCGUUGAAUAUGCAAAUGGCAGAAAGCUCUUCUUGCCUUUGGUUCCGUGUCAAUGGCGAUACAGUUUUAGUGGCUACCUAAAACUUCCACCCCGUGUUUAGUUUUGAUCUUUGGUAUCGCAGCAGCUAACAUAUAUUCUUCCCAUAUUAUCAAGGAAAGCAUAUUCAUAGUCAACCACACAAAUGAUCGCCUGUAGGGUGGGGGAAAGGAAAGUUGGCCAAAUACCUUGUAACUUCCCCAUUUCUUUUAUGAAACCACUAUUCAUAGAUUAAUUCUAUGCAUUUUUGUUUAGGUUGAACUAGGGGUGUUAGUCGGCGCGGUUUCGGUUUAACCGCACCGAAAUAUCGGUUAACCGCAACAAAAUUUGUCCCAAGAUCACUAACCGAAACCGAGACCGACAGAGACUUCGGUUAACCGAAAACCACAAACAUCGGUUUCGGUUUUUCCUUGCGGUUAACCGAAACCGCAGGUUCUGGUUCACUUUCUCGGUUUUCGUUCAGAACCCGACCACCCAAAACCGAAUUUCAACCACCUUUUUUAAUGAUUCACCCUCAACUUUGAGUGACCUGCUUUUAUUUCAGCCUCUAUAAUCACACACCAUAAAGUCAUCUAAAUCAAUUGAACAUAAAGCC